AUGUAUGACCGGGCUCCCCGUGUGCUUAGAUUGGCUGAAGGUGGCAGCACCGAGAAUCGUGUGGGUCCUGGAUCUUACCAGGUUCCUUACCUGAAGCAGCAGGCAACAGGUGGCUAUGCACCAUUCCUGUCUUUGACUGCCAGGAAAAGUACUUUUACUGUCAUCUCGAACACUGAGAAAGAUGUUCCAGGUCCAGGACACUAUAAUGUUUCAGAAAAGCAGAAAAUGUCAAGGGCACUUACAGUUUCCAGAAGUGUUUAUGUUCCUUCAAUUCCUUUCGGACGGUCAUAUGGUUAUGAUGUUAAUGAGGAUGACGGUAUUGUAAAGCAUUUACCACCUGCCAGUGACACCACACUAGGCCCAGCACACUAUAAGCCCCAAAUUGAUUUUUCCAAUGCAACUUUGAAAUACAAGGGGAUACAUUUUGGCAACUCGUUGGGAAGACUUCAAUUACCUAUAACUUCAGGGCCUGGUCCUGGACAGUAUGAUAUAACCCAGAAAAAGUCACCUCAUUAUGAAAAUGUAAACAUCAAGAAAGAUCAACAGCAAAACAGUCGCUCAAAUCUCCGACGACUUUAUGAAGUAAAAAUAUUGAAGGAGGAAAAAGAGAGGUUUGUCCCUAUGAAAUCAAUCACUCCAGCUCCUGGCACAUACAAUGAAUCUCGAACUGCUUUCAAGCCCUUGAAGAAAACAUUAGGAUUGAAAAAUACCUCAUUUGGUCAAAGUGCUGCUCGAUUCACACAAGACUCUAAGACAGAGAAAAUGCCAGGUCCUGGGUUUUAUAAUAUCCAAAACAAUACGUUCAUCGACAACCUUAGCAAUACCUACUGGAAGAAACCAAAGAAAAGUGCAUUUGGUUCUUCUGUUCCUCGGACUCUCUUCCUGGUUCAGAAAGAAGUUUUUAUUACUCCUGGGCCUGCUGAUUAUAAGGAUUUUUGUCAUUCACAGGUCCCUGAAAUUUCUGAUGAACUACCCAACUUGACUAAUCGAUAUGCUGCUUUCUUGUCAAGAACAGAAAGAACUACUAAAGUAUCAGAUAUGGGUGUUCCAGCACCAGGUGCCUAUGAUGUUCAAAAAUCAUAUGAGAUAUCUCAAAUUCAACAUAAAUACAUGCCACCUCGUACUUUUGUGGCUAGAAUAAAACAUGCCUCCUUUCUUAGCACAACACCUCGGUGCCUGGACAAAGUGGAUGAUGGGCCAGGACCUACAACAUACAAUCCUGUUUUUAAGAAAUCCUGCUUCAUACCCUCAUUUGUUAAAGCAUCAAAGCGUUUUAAAGAUUCCAAAGAGAUUACUCCUGGUCCAGCGACAUAUGAGGUUUGUCAAAAAUAUUUCUCUUUAAAUAAUAACAUAAGAAUGAAAAAAUUUCCAGAACGUCACUGGAAAUGUCUUCAUUAA